UUUAUAUAUUUUGGAUGUUAACCUUUUCUCAGAUGCAUCAUUUACAAAUAUUUUCCAUAGGUUGCCUUUUUAGUUUGUUGGUUUCCAUUGCUGUGCAGAAGCUUUUUAGUUUAAUGUAGUCUCACGUGUUUAAUUUUACGUUUGUUGCCUGUGCUUUUAAUAUUAUAUCCAAAAAAAUUAUCACCACGACUGAUGUUAAGGAGCUUUUUUCUUCAUGUUUUCUUCUAGAAGUUUUAGUGUUUCAUUGAUUUUUAAAAUGAAGAUUUUAAGAAUGAGUAGGAGUUAUCUAAACAUGUUUAUAAAUGGGGGCAAGAAUGGAGGUUAGAUUGUAUUGUAGGCAGAAGGAACAACUUUAUGUAUAUGGGAUACAAUGUGGCUUUUUCUAGGGUUUAAGUGUUGGAGGGCUUCCUGGGGAUGUUUCAGAUAAUAUGGUACCAGAUGACAACUAGCUUUGCUUUUAUUUUGUACUGAAAUACUGAAUACUUGUGGUAAAAACAGUAAUGUCAUUACAAUACUAGCAACUAAAAUAGAAAAAAAUUUUUGAAAUGGUAGUUUUAAAGUAUUUUGAUUCUGAUAUUUGAUGAAAACCUGUUUUAGUUAGAAAAUGAGACUCUAUCUUCCAUCCAUGUACUGAUGAUCUGUAAAUCUGUGUUUCUACCUCCAGAUGUUUUUGAUUUAUGCCCACAUACCCAAGUUAGCAUAUCCAAAAGUGAACUUUUAUAUCUACCAGUCAUAUAAGAUAAAAAAAAAAAAAGAAACACUUUAUGGAUUUUCUGUCCCAGUGAAUUUUGUUUUGUUUUGUUCUUUUGGCCUUGCCCACUGCAUGCAGAAGUUCCCAUGCCAGGGCUCAAACCCGUACCACAGCAGUGACAACACCAGAUCCUUAACCUACUGAGCCAUCAGGGAACUCCCUCAGUGAAUGUUUUUUCACUCAGUUUUUCAAGCUAGAAAUCUUUACCCCUCUCACUUCCACCCUAAAGUAAUGAGACUAUGUCACUAUUUAUUUUUUUCAUGUAAUUGUAUUAUAUGGCUGAAAUCCAUUUUCUUUUUCUUAGGUAAACUUCUGCGUGAAUUUAUGUUCUUGUUUUCUCUCUGCUGUAUUUGUGUAACCAAACAAAGCAAUGGCAAUAUUGCUCUAUUGCUCUUUCCCCAUGUUAAUCUAUGUGCUAGGUGUUGAUUGAAUGAUCUUUUCUGAAUGCAAAGCUAGUUCUGUCUCUUAACUGCUCAAAUGCCAACCAUUUCUCAUUCUGGCUUUCAGGAUAAAAAUUAACUACUUGGCAAAAUGCUCUAGGUCCUUCAGGAUCCAUGUCGGGGGUAUCUCUCCAACCUUUUAUAUUGCCCUUCUUUCACAUCAUAUUCUUUACUUUUGCCAUACUUUUUUCACCUUCUAGACAAGCUGUUUAAAUUAAUUAAAACUUAAUAAAAUUUAAAAAUCAGUUCUUCUCCUGUGUCGGACAGCACAAGUACAGAACAUUUCUAACAUCACGCAAAUUUCUGUUACAUGGUGUUGUACCUGAGCAUUUUAAGCUUUCUCUUCCUUCUCUUUAUGCAGGCUGCUCUCCUUUGCUCAAUGCGUAAUGUGGCCUUCCUCGGUUUGCCUAGCCAAUUCUCAUUGUUCCAUUAAGACUCAGUUUGGGUGUCCUCAUUUCUGGAAAACCUUCCCUGACAUCACCUUUUCUUUUCCUCUUCCAACUCCAAGGUCUGAAUUCUUGCCUUUUGCCUUAAUGUUUAUUACAUUUAAAUUUAAGGAGUCAUUGUUUGAAAUCAGGAUUUUAGAAGGUACAAGUACUGAAAUUUGUAUGUAGUUUUAUGUUUGUGGUGCAUGGAUUUACCACCGUGAAAGUAAAGAUGCGCUUAAAUGUAUUGUCCAAGUACCGACUGAAAAAGCACUCCGUUAAAUAACUGUGACCUUAGGAAAAGAUAGUCAGUUUGUAUGUUAUGUAGGUCAGAGUUCUCAGAUUUGCUGCUUGAAUGAUAAUUGCAUACAUUUAAUUAGAUUUUAAAACAUAGAAUUGAAUCUAGCAACUCAAGAAUUUAUCUGAAGGUAAAUUUAUAAGUAGAAAAGUGUUGUGUCAAGUGUAUUUCCAUUACAAAAAUACAGUAUUAAAUUUCUGCCUGUCAAAUCAACUUUAAUAAUCAGCGUUAUGAUAAACAGAGUGGGGAACACAGAAAGCAUCGGAAGGGCACUUACCCUCACUCAGGUUUUUAUAUUGUUAUCAGUACAUUUUACCUCUGCUCUGCUUUAGUUACCCACUUCUCCUCAUGUCUCACUAUCACAUGCUAUGUUUCACUUCUGUAAUCAUUAGUUUGGAUAUACUUCUGUUUGACCAGGAUGAGGAGAGAUUAGUUUCAGUGUUAAGUUUAGACCUUCAGAAAUGGUAUUAGUGAGUCAAAGAGAACAUAAGAAAGGAAAAUGUGAUUUUUUUGUAAGGGAGGACAGAGACUUCGGAUUUUUGCCCAGGGCCUUUUGUUCUAGGGAAGGCACAAAAGACACAUUCUUCUUCUUGCCUAUUUGUAAUAGAUUUAGUGACUGUAAUUUCCUAAACAAAGAUCUUGAUGAAUGUUCUAAAGAGAGGUUUUGAGAGUAUUUUAGAAGGGCUUUAUGGACCACGGCUACGAAGAGACCUCAGUUUAUUUGAAGGUGUGUCCACAUUUCAAGGAGAAAUUAUAUCAGAGACUGUGAACCAGAAGAGCUGACUGACUGGUCUAUGGAUGAAAAAUGUUCAUUUUGUAACCUACAGAGAGAAGCAGUCAGUGAUUGUAUACCAUCUCUUGAUUCUGCACAGUCAACACCAACAGAGGAACUAUCAUCUCAGGGCCAGUCCAACACUGAAAAGAUUGAAUGCCAAGCAGAAAAUUACCUAAAUGCACUCUUUCGAAAGAAAGAUCUUCCUCAGAACUGUGAUCCUAACAUUCCCCUAGUUGCUCAGGAAUUAAUGAAAAAGAUGAUACGUCAGUUUGCAAUUGAGUAUAUUUCAAAAAGUGGUAAAAUUCAAGAGAAUAGAAAUGGUUCCAUUGGACCAAGUCUAAUAUGUAAAAAUAUCCAAAUGAAUCAAGCAGAAAACUCCCUUCAGGAAGAGCAGGAAGGCCCCUUAGACCUCACUGUGAAUCGAAUGCAAGAACAAAAUACUCAGCAAGGGGAUGGAGUGUUAGAUCUCUCUACAAAGAAAACCAGCAUAAAAUCUGAAGAGUCAUCCAUAUGUGAUCCUUCUUCUGAAAAUUCAAUGGCUGGUUCAACUGUUGAUGCAAAAUCAGAGGAAGCUACUAAAAUGGAAAAAGGAAAAUCAGCACUAAGCAAAGUUUUGGAAUCUUUGUGCAUACAUCAUCAGCAACAAGUUUUGGCUAUGUUGAAAUUUCUAGCCCAAGAGCAGAAUGCUGCUUCUCUUUGCUGUUGUAAUACAUCAUGUACUGUGUCUUCAGAAUCUCAAAAUCCCCUAAUUGAAGAUGAUUUAGAUGGUCUAUUCUGUAGUUGUGAAUAUAGGCUGGCAGAAAGAGGGUGUUUACAAAAUGAAAGACAAAGAGCUGGUUUUGUGCCUCUGCCAGUCUGUAUUAAAGAUUUACAUUGUUUAUCUUGCCAAACUGUAACUACUGAACACAUUAAGACAGUAGUGAAUAGAGGAACUGCAAACAGUUAUAACUCUCACAGGUGCUGUUCUGGAUUGUUACCAAACAUUCAUUCCACAAAAUCAGGCUUUCAGACUCCUUUUUCAUCAAGGGAAGUAUGCGAUGUAUCAAUAAGUCUUAAAGAUGUUUGUAGAUCUCGAAGUCCCUCCCCCCCACCAUUGUCACCUGUACAGACUGAAGGAUUUGAAAAAUUGAAAGAUGUCAUCUCAGAGCUUUCAGCCUUAGAAAAUAACAGACUUGAAACAAACAUUAACCAGCCUCCAUCUCUCACUCCAGCAGAAAUAAGCAGUGACAAAGAUGAUCAUGAAGGUAAAAUGCAUAAAACUAAAGAAUCCAGUAACUCUGAUUCUUUGCUCUUGGAAGACAGCAAUAAUUGUACUACAAAUCAUGAAAAAGGUGAAGCUACUGUAAUUUUUCAAGAUUUAAUGGAUCGUAUUAAUGAAAAAUUAAAAUCAAUAGAAACGAUAGAUAUGACUAACCUUAUAAAAUUAUCUAGCAGUGAUUGUAAUACAGAUAAUGAUUUAAAAUUGAGGGAUUUAAUAACCUCUCUCUUGCAUAAUGCAAAAGCCAGUGAUUACAGUUUUAUGGAAUUACUGAGUCAGCAUGAUAAAAAGGUAGAAAAUAAAAUAAUCCAGACAAGAUUUCGAAAGCGUCAAGAAAACUUGUUUGCAAUGCACAACUCUCCUGAUUCACCCAUAUUUAGAAGGCAGUCUUUACAGAUAAAAAGAGAGCUUGCUAGUCUUGAUGAGAACUUUAUAAGAAAAAAAUACACUGAAAAAAAUUCAAGGAAAUUUUUGCGCAAUGAUGAAUUAUUUUCAGCAGACAAAGAAUUCUGCCAUUGCCAAGGGCCUUUGUUACAAAAUACUAGAAGCCUUCAAGAUAAAAAUCAAGCAGAAACAUCGGUUUCACUAGAUUAUGCGUUACAGUCAUUGCAACUACCUCCUCAUAAUUUAGGAACUAACUCGGCUUUUGAUGCAUUUUCAGAAAGCUUUAAAACAACUUCCCCUGAGAAAAUGAACAUAAGAAGAUCACAGGAGAAAUCUGUGGCUGGAAAAAAUUUUUUGCAAAAUCAUAAAGCGAAUUCAAAAUUAGAGAGUGGUCAAAACCCUUUGAAAAAUGAUGUCUCUGGACUUUUGAAUAGAACUAAACGAAAUAUUGUACCUCCAGGGUGGUAUUCUAUCUAUGUAACAAAUAAUUAUGUUUUAAAAAAAUCCCCUAAGGCCAAAAAAGUUUCUGAAUCUACAAAAAAAAAAGAUCCAGUAAAAAAUACUCAGAUUGAAAGCUCACACAAUAUAGAUCUAAACAAAAUUGCACUGAAUUCUAAUUUACAAGUUGUUGUGGAACGUUUGGAAGAUACAAUAAAUAUAACAAAGUCUUGGAAUAAUCAGUCACUAUCAGAAGGAUAUAAAGCAUCCAAGAAAUUGAUCGAAAUUGGUGGUAAAGAUCAAAAUGCUGGUAGAAAUCUGACUCUUCCUAUACGUAGAAUGGCAUGCAAAGAGCAGAGUUUAUCAAAAUCUGGAGUACCAUCCACCAAUGUUAAAAGCAACCAUAUACCUACAAAAGAUUGGAAUAACAGGAGACUUGAUAACCAGAAAAAAUCAUCUGUUUUAGAUACAGGUGGCUUGAUUUCCAGUGUUGAAAAUGUACCAACAAAAUAUAAAGCCAUUGAAAGCUCUUCUUUUUCCAGCUAUUCUAGUCCUGUCAAACUCAUGUUUUUAUCUGAGGUUAAAAGCAGUGAAGGAGUCAAAUAUACUUUAACUUCAGUCGGUACUUCGGAAUCAAAUACUGAUCUUCCAUCUAAAAAACUACUAACCCAUCAAGUAACUGGAAAAAGAAAGGGAACAAAUGAGAAUAUCCCAAAUGCUAACUUUGAAAAUUAUAGUUCUACUCUUAAUGACAGUGACACUCUUCAAAGAGAACUAAACAAAUUUAAUUGUGCGAAAGAAACUACAGACUCCUCUGCAAUGUUUAUAGAUGAUAUGAAUAGUGAUAAACCACAAGAGGAACCUAAGGAAUAUUCAAGCAGUGCUAUUGAUUCAUCUUUUAAAAGAAAACCAGGGAGACCUAAAAAAUAGGUCCCCAGGUUGUGAAGCAGAUUAAGCGACCAAUUGGAAGACCACCAAAACCUAAAACUGACCAAGCAGACAUUACCAUUUGCCAGAAAGAGUCUUUUAGUGCUGAAAAGAAAAGCCCAGAGUCUCUCAUAUCAGAAGUAAAAGAAGGUGUAUAUAAAAAGAGUAUUAUAGUAACUGUUAUUUAUGGAAGGUCAAGAAGAACUAAAAGGCAUGUUUCUGAAGGAAGUGUAAACAGAGGCAAUGUAAUGUCUUUAAACAAUGUUGCUGAUUUUACCACAGAAUAUAAUAGUCUCAGAAAUAUUAGAGAAUAUAAAAUCGACUCGGGUGAAAGAAUAAGUGCUAUUUCAAGUUUGACUACUGAAAGUGAGAUCUUGGGGUCUGGCUUUGAAUAUGUUAGACCUAUCAAGAACAAGUCUGUGAUACCUCAACCUUCCAAGAACAUUGUUCGACCAAAUCAGAAGCCUUUGGCAAUUCGGAAACCUGGUAGACCUGCAAAAGUGAAAAUCUCUGGCAUAUCUGUGACUGUUAAUAGAAUUUCACCUCAGGAGAGAGAAGUAAGUAUUAGCAGCUGCUUACCUCCUUUAGAACAAGAGAAUACAUUAGAAAAAAAUCUGCCAGAAGAAAAAUAUGAUCACCAACACUCCGUGGAUACAAGGCACACUGAAGCUGACGAAUUUAAGAAUGGAUCAAAAAGUAUGGUUGCUACUAUACCUUUGAGACAUUCUAUUAGGGAUAGAAAACCAUCUCUGCAUUUCCUACAUUCAUUAGCAUCUUCUAAUUCACUUAUUUAUAGAAAUGCUCUGCUCCAUAAAUCAUGUAAACUCCAUUUGCAGAAAGGUAAAAGUCAGAAGGACAAACAUAAGCAGUCAAGGAUUAAAAUAGCUUCCCAAGGUAACCUAGGAGCUAGAAACUCAAGGAAUGCAAAAAAACGUUUGGAAGAUAAAUUAAUACCCAUUUCCGAAGUAUCCUUGGACCCUAUAAUCUCAUCAGAUCCUUUGCUCAGGUGGUGGGCUGCUUCUACUCCAAAUGAUUCCUUAUUAGAGGAAUUAAACAAUAGAUUUGAACAAAUAACAAAUGCUUGGGUGCAUGUAAGUGGAGAUGAGGCUGAGAAUUGUGUUCAUAAAAAAAGAGAACAGAUUGAAAAUAAUAACUUCAAAAUAGCAAGCCCUUUGGAAACCUGUCUUUUAGAACUUGAAGUUUCACCUGUAAAAAUGCUUUUUCAGAAAAAGUAUGAUUUGAAUGAACUCUGUACCUGGUUUAUGCAAACAACAGAAACACAGUCUCUUUCACUAGUUAGAAAAGCAAAUGCUCGAAACCCUUUGGAAGUAAUAAACACCAGAGGAAUUAAAUUAGGGACCAAAUAUUCUGAUUUUAAUACCAGUCCCUUCAGAAAGCACUUUAAAAAGUUUGCACUAUCUUCUCCUUCAAAAUCAGCAGGGAAGUUGCAUAUACUGCAUAAAAUGGUUAGCUCUCCACUCUUAAAUGUGAAAAGUAAUUUAACACUAACUAGAUUAAAAAGAACUGAGUUUAAAAGGUUGCAGCAUGAAAGGUGGAGAAGAGAGGGAAAGCUGCACAGCCAUGGAACAGGUGAUUGGAUGUCUAAAAGGAGGAACUUAAGGUUUUUUUGCCAGAACCAAUUUUUAAAUAAGACUAAGGGGGAAGCAAAUGCUGACAUCCCACUCCAAGGAAAAAACACAGUAGAUAAUCAGUUUAUUUUGCCACCUGAGAUCAGGGAUGACUUUUUGCAACAGAAGGUGGCAAUCUCUGACUUCAAAACGCAUGCUAGUGUAGAGACUAAAUUUAAGUCAGAAGCAAAGGAGAAUGGAAAAAAUUGCAGCCAAAAAGAUUUUGAAAAGGGACCAAGACUAGGAAAUGUAUGUCCAAAUAAUUGGAGGUCGAAAACCUUAAAAGAUUGUAGAAUAUUUUUGAGGAAGAUCAACUAUCUUGAACACAGAAAUACUUUUAAGCUAAAUACAAUUAUUUACUCUCCUGAACCUGUUGACAGUGAAAGUAAUCCUCAGACUCACAUAGAAGAGUCAAAGCGCUUUACCUUAAGAUCCCAUUCUCCUAGGCAAAAUUCUUUUAAAAAGCAGUCUAAAGAAAUAGAAAAUGCUAAAGCCAAUAGUCCUUCAAGUGAUAAAUUUCCCGGCCAACUUGACAAUAGUAAAUUAAAUAAAUGUGUUAACUAUGACAAGAAUCCUCCUGAUAAUUCUGAAGUUCUUAGCAAAUUGAACAAAAGAAAAAGACCACCGUGGAAGACCACAGAAUUGUCAACAAAAAGACAUAAACGACAAUCUUGCAACAGUGGACAAAUGGCAAACUAUUAUUCAAAAUCCCAACUAGGUAAGUUUUUCUCUACUUAAUUUUAAAGUUUCAUUGUAGGUGCCUUGAGUAAAGAAUGAGAUAAUGGUAGAAAAAGAAUAGCUGAUUUAGUUUUAAUUAAUAUUUCCAAAAUAUUUGGAUAACAUGAAUUUCUUGGCACCUAGUAUGAAACUCAUGAAAUCAGGUGCUGCUAAAUGUCCCAGAGCAUUUCCCCACAUCUAAAUGUGUCCAGGAUUUCAAGCAAAUUAAAGUGUAUUUGAUAGAGACAUAGAGAGCUUCUAAACAGACAUCAUUAAUGUAAAUGUUUUAUUAUUGGUUUUUGCACCUGAUCUAAUAUAAAAUAUAGAAAACAAUUUAACAAAUAAAUAUGCCCAAGUAACUAUCUAGACGUUAACUACUACACUACAGGCUAGUAUAUAUUUAUUGUCUUGAUAAAUUAGUAACUUUGAGACCAUCUGGAAAAAAGUAAAAAUAUCUCAUGGCUAAAUUGAUACACACUAUGACCUAUGUAAUAAUCCUAGGGUAUCAGUCUCAUAUUCUUCAUUAAGUUGUUAGGUGCUUUGGUACUGUUUUGGGAACCACUUUAAGGCUGUAUUGUUUAAAGAGUGUCAAGGAACAAGAUUUUUUUUUUUCCAAUAAAUCAGCAAACUUGUUGAAUUCUUUGUUCAUAUCAUUGAACUAAAUUCCAUGGAUAUAAAGAUGAAUAUUUCUUUCCAGAGAUAACUCAUAACCUAGCAAGAGAGAAAGGCAUAUACAGGUAAUUUUAAGGUAAUGCUAAAUUUAGAAUGCAAACUGAAUUUGCUUCAGCAAGUAAUUAUGGGUUUUACUCAGUUAUAUUGAUCUGACAAAAAUGUGUGCCUCAGGGAGACUGUUACCACUAGAACCUAGCAAAAAAGGGACAUAAACACUGAAGUUGCCAAUGUAGUUAGUUCCAACUCUGCUUAUUUAUAGGUGCUAGACAGUUUAGGAUAUAUAAGAGUAUGGUAGUGCUUGCUGAUUACUUCCCUGACAUGAGAGAGUGCCAGGUUACAUUUGGGAAUAUAAGGCUAUUUUUAACAUAAAUUUACAUUGAUACAUUGCGUGUUUUAGGGGAGUCUUUUUUGUGGAGUCAGGGAGGUAAUGGUGGCUUAAUUUCUGUUACCUUUUAAAAAAAUAUCAGGUCUUAGAUUAAAAUAUUAAAAGCAGUAAUUAAACUCUAAUAGGGUAGGAGAUUUUUAUGACCCCCCUAAAAAAUUCAGUUACUUAACUGAAUAACUGUAUAAUACCUAUUUCAGUAAUAUCUAACAUGCAGUGACUAACAUUCAGUGAUUAAAUUUUAGGAGUUCCCACUAUGGUGUAGUGGAUUAAGAAUCAAGUGUUGUCUCUGAGGCCAUGCAAGUUCAAUCCCUAGCCCUGCACAGUGGGAUCUGGUGUUGCUGCAGCUAUGGCAUAGGUGGCAGCUGCGGCUCAGAUUUGAUCCCUGGCCUCGAAACUUCCAUAUGCCAUGAGUACAACUGGAAAAAAAAAGAAAGAAAAGAAAAUAUAAAAUUAAAAUUUUAAAGGUGAUCAAAUUAAUGUCUCCAUUAUGAAAGAUGGAUCAAAUCUAAAAAUAAUGCCCUUCUUACCCUAGGGAUAACUAAAAAUAAUAUUAUAACAAAUAGUAUAUCAUAAAAAAAGAGAGGAAUCUGAUCAUGAUUUUUUAAAAGAACUUACUAUCAUUCACCUUAAAAUAUUCACACAUAUUUUUAAAAGACCACCAUCAAUGGAGAAUAAAGUGUAGUGUUUCGUUUUCAAUUCUUUGUACCAUGUUCAUUUCAUGCUAAAGAUAGUUGGCAUUGUCAUUUUUCAACAGAACUGUAUUUUGUUCUUCCAGCUUUUUAACCACUGUAUCUUUCUAAGGUAUAAAUGUAAAAUUUAUUUUAAUAUUAUUCUUCAUCUCACUGAAUGAGAUCACCCUAGAAAAAUAAGGUGGAAGAUGCCUAAUUAUUACUUUUUCAAAUUAAUUUCUGAGUUUCUGGUUCAGUAGGUUAAGGGUCCUGCAUUGUCACUGCUGUGGCUCUGGUUACUGCUGUGGCACAGGUUUGAUCCCUGGUCUGGGAACUUCUUCAUGCUUAGAUGCAGCCAAAAAAACAAAACAAAACAAAAAAAUUAAUUUCAGAUUCUUUUGUAUAUUUAAAAAAAUUUUAGUAUCACAUUGAGUUUUUUCACCUUUUCUCACUUUUAAAAUUACUACAAGUAGUUCCUGUUCUGCUUAAAGUUUUAUUUAUCUUUUACUGAUAACUUUCCUUCUUUAUUUUUUAACAUUCUUUUUUUUCACUCAACAAGGAUGUUAUUUUUAUAAAGUUGUAUUUAUAGCAAUAUUUGUUGUAUUAUCUGAUUUUUAAAUAUUUCUUAAGAUGUUGUUUUUUUCCUCAUUAUUCUUGAUAUUCCAUACUUCUUUUUGCCUUUUUGGAUAUGACACUAAAACUCAUUAUCAGUUUUAUAUGUGUUUUUCUUCAUAGAAUAAUUAGUGACUGGAAAUUUGAGAGACUUUCAUCAACAGGACUUUUCUAGGAAAAUUCCUAGGGCAAUGUAUAUGGUGAAUUAUGGAAUAUUUCUAUUGGUGAAGAGUUUUGCUCCUACCACAAAUGUCUUGUUUUUAUACAUUUCAAGGUUAACUGUUCAGAUAUAGUUUAAUACAUAGGAGUUUUAAAAGUUAAAAAUUCACUACAUUUGUACUGCCAUAUUAUAUGUCAAGUAGACAUGGAAAGGAAGAAAAAAUUUAAUUCUGUUCUAUUCUUGGUUCAACAAAUAAUGAAUGCCUACAAAUAUGCUUUUAUGUAGUAUAGAAGGUUCAAAAAGUUCUUUUUCCAUCUAAAUGAGAAAACAAGACCUUAUUCAAUAAAGAGGAUGCAUUUUCUGUUUUAAGUAGGAUGUUAUAUGUUUAAAGGGAUAGAAAGUCAUGGUUCCUACUCUCGUGGAACUUACUGUCUGCGUGGGGAUAGUGAAUAGGCAGUUUUGGUAGAAGGAUAAGUGCUGUGAUGGGCGAGAAAGGUAGACUGUAGGAGCACACAGGGAAAUUGAAGGCACGUUUAGAGAAUUAGGCAAGGAUUCCUACAUUGUCACAUCUAAACUGAGAUUUGAAGUAAUGUGUUACAAAUCCAGAGAGUUAUUUCGGGCAGAAGCAGAUUGCAUGGGGAAAAUUUGGGUGACAGAAGGGAGCAGGCUUGUCUAGAACAGUGAAUAAUUUAGUUCAUAUAGCUGAGGCACAAAAACAACUGUAAAACAUUGAUUAGGGGUCAGUUAGGCCUUGAAGUAAUCCAUCGACUAUAGCACAAGAGGUUAUUUUAGAGAUUUGGGAGAGAGCAGUUUUGGUGGACUAGUAGACCCAGAAAUCUUAGAGUAACUGCAGGAAGACAAAGAAAAAUGUAAAUGGCUGUGAUUAGAGAGGAAAUAGGGAAGUAGUGAGAGGAAGCCCAGUUGAACGAUGUUUAGAUGCCAGUAGGAAGAAGCCAGUGGAAAAUGAAAGACUGAAAUUAGGAAAUGAGAUGACAA